AUGGAAGAUUAUAAGUGUGUUUUAGGAACCCUUUUCACUGGUAAAAAAGAAUUUAAGGAGGCUAUGACAACAUAUGUCAUUCAUAGUGGGAGGGAUUUGAAGUUUAUAAAAAAUGACAAACUAAGAGUGAGAGUUAAAUGCAAGGAAGGUUGUGAGUGGUUUGCAUAUUGUGCAAAGUUACCUGGUGAAGAUGCAUGGCAACUUAGGAAACUAGUUGACGCACAUUCAUGUAAUAGAGAGUAUAAGGUCAAAUUUAUGAGAUCAAGUUGGCUUAGAAAAAGAUUGUACUCGACAGUGAAAGAGAACCCGAACAUAAAAGUUACAGAUAUUUCUAACAAGGUUCAUCAAAAGUGGAAUGCUGGAGUGAGUAAGAUGAAGGCAUUCAGGACACAUAAGGUUGCAAUUGAUAUGGUAACUGAUUAUGUGGACAUACCACUUUUACCAAGUUUCCAACGCCUAUAUAUGUGUCUUAAUGGAUGUAAAGAGAGUUUCCUGACUUAUAGACCAAUAAUUGGUCUUGAUGGUUGUUUCCUUAAAGGGUAUUAUGAGGGUAUGAUUCUUGCUGUUGUGGGUAGAGACCCAAAUGAUCAAAUGCUUCCAAUUGUUGUGGCUGUAGUUGAAGGUGAGACAAGAGAUUCAUGGACUUGA